UUGAUUUUGGUUUUUAAAAUUAAAUUAAUAAUGCAAAAAAUAUAUAUUCAAUUUAGGAAGAAAAGGUAACGAGAGAGAUAGUUGCAGGGCAAUAUAGACAUUGAGCAGCUAAAAUGUGUCUGGCAAGUGGAAAGUGACUCUAAAGGUAAUUGUAAACUCAAAAUGUGACUCUGAAUGUAAUUUUUUCAUUAAACAAAUGGUUUUAUUCCCAUUGUGGACCACCGUAUAGAUGCUUUCCAUGGUGGAAAUGUAGAGAAACUAGACAAAGUCUUGAUCUUUUGCUUAUGGGAUAUCAAACUUCGGCGCUAGAGAUUUUGAUAUCUUUAUAUCCGUUAGUUAUUAGAAUUCUUUUCACAUAAAGUAUCCAAAAAUAAGUUUGAAAAUUGAACUUACCUACUAUAUUUAUUCAUUUGUAUAUAUGCUUUUAGUGUGUUGUACAGUAAUCAUAGCGUUAAGUGUAAUCAUGUCAUUAUUGAUACAUUAUUAAUAAUCAAUUGCUUCUCUAGUCUCUACCUGAACACUAUCAGCCAACUGUUAUCGCAUCAAUUCCUUUAUAUGUAUAUAAACCCCUCAUUCUCUUCAACUCUGUUCUCAUAAACUGCUCUCACUCUCUUUUGAUAUGUCGGCUACAGGAACAAAACGGUACAAUGCAAACACUAGACCAGUAACUUGUGGUAAGCAAUCCUCAGUCAAGGGAUCGUAUGGUAAGAAUCCGGGAUGCACAACAAGCUGUGGCUUGAGGCUUCCGAAGAAAACAGAAGCCACGGCAGCAAGACUAGUCAAGAUUCUCAGCUGUAAACUCGUUAAAGGGUUACGUCUAGUGGUGAUGAGGAGGAAGACGAAGAAGAGAUCGCCACCAUUGAAGGCUUCUUCCACCGGUAGAUCUCAGCCUUCGGUCAUCUCUGUCCCUAAUGAUACCUGUAGAUCAGAGGCCAUAGAAGACUGCAUACAGUUCAUAAACUCCUCAACCUCCUUCAUAAGAUCAAGUUCUGUCAGUGGCCGUAAAUCUUAAGCUUUCCCAUAAAUUUUCAAGAUUCUCUUUUAAUUUUGAUAACUCGUUGGCGACGCGAUAGCAUAUUAGAGAACUAAAUGUAAUAUCUAUAAAAUAGAAUAUAUAUAUAGAGCAGAAGAGAGAUGUAUUUAAGUGAUCCUGUGAGCUUCGUUUAUGUACAAAAAGUCAUCUUUAUAUCUUUUGUGUUUAGCCUAAAUUGAAAUCAAUCAUAUAUAUGCUUUUGUGGGAAAUCAAAAAAAUUCUAGAGUCCUAAUAGUGUUGUAGGAUGUGACCAGUUGCGUAUCUGCCAAGAACUCCAGCAUUGUUAGACAGACCAAGUAACACUCCCUGACCACAGCAAUAACAACAA